AACUGUAACCUGAGGGUCCACCCCCUCCUCCAAUGCUGCCGUCCGAGCUGUAGUCAGGCUAAAACCUCUGACUGUCGAUCACUGCACAUGUUGUAGGCAGUAGAAAGCGAGCUAGCAGCCCGAGACAGAUCUUUAAACACAUUAACACUCAUCUCUAUUGAAAACAAACAUUAAAGUUAGCUAUGCCUCUCCGGGUAGUGGUGGAGGGUCCUGGGCCCUGGGGAUUCAGGCUGGUCGGGGGAAAGGACUUCGAGCAGCCACUGACUAUUUCCCGGGUCACCCCUGGCAGUAAAGCAGCCCAGGCCAACCUGUGUAUGGGAGACAUGAUCGUGGCCAUCGACGGAGAACCGACAGAGAACAUGACUCACUUGGAGGCACAGAACAAAAUCAAGGGGUGCAUAGAGGAGAUGGUGCUCUCCAUAGACAGGUCAGAAACUAAAAUGUGGUCACCGCUUUCUUCUGAGGGAGGGAAGACACAUCCAUACAAGAUGAAUCUUGCAUCAGAGCCACGGGAGAUGAAAAACAUCGGCUCGAGCCACAACAGGAGUGCUCUGCCCUUCACUGGCUCCAAAGUUGUCACCAACCAGUACAACAACCCCUCCGGGCUCUACUCAUCAGAGAACAUCAAGGACUUCAACUCAGCUGUGGACGAAGUUAAAACUAUGGCUGCAGCUAAUGAGCCUAGCAGCAAAGCUCUGUCAGAACCAUCGCAGGCAGGCAAACGGCCACCCGUAGCAGCAGAUUCAGAGGUUUACAAGAUGCUGCAGGAGAACCAAGAGUCUGAUGAGCCUCCUCGUCAGUCGGCGUCAUUCAAAGUGCUUCAGGAGAUUCUUGAGACGGGUGACUCUGACAAGCCAUCGGGAUUCAGGAGUGUGAAAGCACCCGCAACAAAGGUUGGAUCGUCUGUGGGGAACUCUGACAGGUUACCCACCUGUGACAAAUGUGGAUCCGGGAUAGUGGGGAUGGUGGUAAAGCUGAGGGACAAGUUCCGUCACCCCGAGUGCUACACCUGUACAGACUGCGACAUCAACCUAAAACAGAAGGGACAUUUCUUUGUGGAGGACCAGAUUUAUUGUGAGACGCACGCACGCCAGCGAGUGACUCCGCCUGAGGGCUACGACGUGGUCACUGUCUUCCCCAAGUAGAGCGCUCAGCGGGCCCAGCCUCAGACUGCACGCCACAACACAACGCCAUGACAUAACCCAAGACAUUUAGCCCGUGCUACUCCUACGACUGUAAAACGGUCUUCUCUCACAUUACGCUUCAGUACAGUCACUGGUAGGCAGGAAAGUAAAGAACCACAUCUUUGUUGAUUUGCACAUUAACUUUGGCAUCUGCGAAAGGAAAAUGAAUGAAUUCUAUGAUAUGAUGGCAUUCAUUUUUAUGUCCCUAGGAAACUAUUUGAAUGAGAGCCAGUAUGUUUAUGUAAUAUUUGUCUUUGUACAGGUUCAUGAUGUUCUGUGGAUCAUGGAAACAAUGGAAAGCCGAGAGACAUGUUUUAUUAAAUAAAUAGAACUACUUUUAUACAGCAAGAAAACAGCCCAAAUCCACAUUUGAUUAUCAUUGCCAAAUAAAUAUUUUUACCUUAAACAAA